UUUUCCAGGACUUCCCGCAACAAGAAUUACAAAUCAAGUUUACUCCAUUGAAGACGGACAUUUUGAGAAAAGGAAGCAAGAUGGCCAGGUUAGUACAGCCUCCACCGAAGUACACUCCCGAAGAAUGGAACGCUUCGAACCAUCUUCAAUAUUUCAAUGCUGAACGGGAACGCGCUGCAGCAGAAAGGCUUCGAGAUGAAAGCUUUCGACUCGCUCAUGAAACCGAAGUUCGUACGACACAAACUCAAAUGGACGUCAAUAAGAAGCUUGAACAGCGAAUCACUGAUAUAGGUUUUUGGAAAUCAGAGUUAGAUCAGAAGCAGGAAGAAACAGAAGACGAAAUCUCCACCUUACUUCAGUUCAAAGCCCGAGUAGAGAAAGCUUUGGCAGAUACAGAACUCCCUCUUAUGAUCGCUCAACAAUGUCUGGUCAACCGCGAAAGGCGAAUGAAAGUUGAUCUCGUCCACGACAAUGUGGAAAUGCAACUUCAAAAGGAGGUGGAGGUUAUUGAAGGUGUGCAAGCCCUGUUACAGAGAACUCUUGAACAAGCAACUGAGCAAAUAAGGCUUUUAAGAUCAGCCAAAUACUACUUGGACAAAGACAGGAAAGACAAGUUCCAAGCCAAUAAUAUUGACAACAAGUGUGCAUCUCUAGAAAAUACUUCAGCUGGGCUGCGCUUUGCCAAAGAUGCUGUUAAGGUGGAGAAAAACUCUGUAACUCCUGAUGAAUGGGAAGAUUUUUCCAACAAGAAUAUUCUUAAGGCAGAACGUGAGAAAAAUUCUUCCAUUAAUCUGCGUAGCAUCAUAGAUGGUAUACUUAUGCAGACCUUAAGUGACCUUCAAGCCCAAUGCCAAGCUGUUAACUUGGCAUUCCAGAAGCGAAUUGAAGAAACUGUGGAAGCAAAAUCAAAAUUAGAAAAACAUUUAGCUCAGGUGAUGGAAGAAAUAGCUGCCAUGGAGCAAAACAUUGAAAUGCUCAAAAGAGCUAUUGCUGAUAAAGAGGCUCCAAUGAAGGUUUCUCAGACACGGCUGGAGAACAGAACCUUUAGGCCAAACGUAGAGCUUUGCCGAGACCGUGUACAGUAUCGGCUGAUAGAGGAAGUAUUUGAGAUCUCUUCCAACAAUGAGUGACUGCGGGA